UAAGGCCACAGAUAGAGUCUAUGGCGCAAUAACACCAGAGAACAUAGUGUCAUGAAGCUGCAAUAUCUCUGCACAUACACAUCAAUUUACCUUAUUAUAAAAGAUAUAUCUAUCCUUGCCACAUGUUUCUCAUGAUUUUUGCCCCCGCCUAAAUGCAUCUAAACAGUUAGUUUUGCACAUGUCAUUUCUCUCUCUCAACUCCUACUUUUGUUCCUUUCCCACUUACUUCUUACCUCUUCAAUUUUUUAAUUCAUUCAAAAUAAUUUCCUUUCUUACUGGAAAAAUUUCCUGCUCAAGUUCACCCCCCCCUCGCCCCCUUUUUGUUUCUCAGCCAAGCUGAUAAACCCUCAUCCAUUUCUUCUCCCCCCUUCCUCACUUCCUUCUUUCUCUCGGCGUUUUAACCCCCAACAGGUUGUGAGUGACUUUACCCUUCCCUCUGGUUCUGACAAGAUUUGUACUGCCAGUACGGACGACACUAUAAGGUUUGGGACCACCACACUCGGAAGAAUGUUGGUAUUUGUUUUUCAUUUCGUAGAUUAGUGGAAAUUUUUGUUUUAAUUUUAAACACCCAGAAAUUGGGAUGUUAAGGUACAUGUUUGACAUAAUAAUAUAAAAUUAUUCACAUGACCCUUACCCAACAGCUUGAGCAAAAUUAGCCACGGUAGAAAAAAUUCAAAAACACCAUACACUUCCUGUGGUGGCCACUCCACUGGCCAGGCCACCGUCAUCAUCACCACCGCACCAAAUACCAUAACACAUAUCCAAAGUGAUUCGAGGAUGAUUCACUCUAAAUGGUAACCCCUUUCAAAUUCAACGCACCUCCUUCAACUUUCCAUCUAUGCAAUCAAUAUAAAUCAUCCCUCAAUUUCCCAUCUAUAAAUAACGCUUCUUCAUAUAAUAACACCACGAUAUCUUUACUCACAACAAAACCCUAAAAAUCCCUGUCUUCCCUUUUGUACUAUCGCGUUUUCUUCUACCAAUCACCAUGGCAGAGAAACAGCUCGUCGUGGCCGUCGAAUGCACCGCUGCUAUGGGCCCCUAUUGGGACACCAUUCUCAGGGAUUACCUCCAUAAGAUCAUCAGGUCUUUUGGUGGAAACGAGUCAACUGGUCAGAAUCCUUCUGCUUCCAACGUUAAGUUUGCUCUAGUCACCUAUAAUACUCAUGGAUGUUUUUCUGGUUGCCUUGUGCAACGGUCUGGCUGGACAAGAGACCCAGAUGUUUUCUUCUUGUGGCUUUCAGCUGUACCCUUUACUGGUGGUGGUUUUAAUGAUGCUGCAAUUGCCGAAGGGCUUGCUGAAGCUCUGAUGAUGUUCCCAAAUUCUCAAAGUGGAGGCCCGAAUCAGCAGAAUGUGCAUAUGCAUAAGCACUGUAUCCUUGUAGCCGCAAGCAAUCCUUAUCCAUUGAAGACACCAGUUUAUAUUCCGCGACCACAGAACCUAGAGACGAUUGAAACCAUUGAUUCAGAUCCAGGGAACCGUUUAUAUGAUGCUAAAGCUGUUGCAAAAGCAUUUCCUCAGUUUUCUAUUUCUCUGUCAGUCAUCUGCCCUAGACAACUUCCCAAAGUUAAAGCCAUCUACAAUGCCGGAAAACGAACUAGUGGAGCAGCUGAUCCACCUGUUGAUGUUAAAACCCCUCAUUUCCUUGUUUUAAUAUCAGAAGCUUUCAGAGAAGCCUCCAGUGCUUUGAGUCGUUCUGGGAUCACAAUCUUGCCUACAAAUCAAAAUCCUGCUAAAGUAGAUGCAGUUUCUCUCACACCAGGUACAGGAACACCCCCAACUUCUUUGGCAUCAGUUAAUGUAUCAACUGCACACUGGCGACCAAUAUCUGCUGGGAAUUUGGCUCCUGCAACUGUAAAAGUGGAGCCAGUUCCCGUAGCUUCCAUGGUAGCUGGACCUGCUUUUCCCCAUAAUUCAUCAGUUCCUCGUGCUGCUAGUACUGGUCAAGGUGUUCCAAGUUUGCAGACAUACUCUUCAUCUUCUGCUUCUCAAGGUAUCAUGACAAGUACUGAAAAUGGUCAGUAUACAAAGCCUAUGUCGUCAAUGUUGCAGCAGCCCUUAGGUCCAGUGAAUCCUGCAAAAGUGAAUGUGAUCAAUUGGAAUAAUCUCUCUCAAGCACCUCAGGUGAUGAACUCUGCUGCCUUAAGUGGUGGAACCUCUAUGGGACUUCCCACAAUGGGUCAGACUCCUGUUGCCAUGCACAUGUCAAACAUGAUAUCAAGUGCAAUGGCAUCUUCUGUACCUGCGGCUCAAAAUUCAUUUUCAUGUGGACCGUCAGGAAUGAUAUCAAUAACCAGUUCUGGACCUCUCACCGUUCCUGCUCAGGUUGGACAAAACUCAGCUCUUGGUUCAUUAACUUUAGCUACUUUUAAUUUGUCUUCAAGUUCAAAUCUUGGGAUUCCAGAACACUUAAGUAACCUUCAAAGAGCUAUUAGUAUGGGACAACAGGCCCCUGGAAUGAACCAAGGGAACAUUUCAGGAGUCCAAAUGGUGCAAGGUGGAGUUACCAUGAACCAAAAUGUAAUGAAUGGCGUUGGUCCAUCAGUUGUCUCUUCUGGAAAUGGUACGAUGAUUCCUACUCCAGGAAUGUCCCAACAAGUACAAUCAGGUGUACAACCACUUGUGUAUAAUGCAGCACCUAAUAUGACUUUGCCACAGCAGACAUCAGGUGGUAUGCAGCCUACACAUUCCCAAUAUAUCAAGGUCUGGGAGGGAAGCUUAUCUGCGCAAAAACAAGGACAGCCGGUAUUCAUCACCAAACUGGAAGGUUACAGGAGUGCUUCUUCCCCUGAGUCAAUUGCAGCAAACUGGCCCCCUGUAAUGCAAAUGUUUCGGCUUAUACCUCAGGACCACAUGAAUGACGAGAGAUUUGUAGGACAGGCAGAUUUCCUUGUUUUCCGGGUAAUGAACCCUCAUAGGUUUCUUGUUCAGCUGCAGGAAAAGAAGCUGUGUGUAGUUAUUCCAUUACCAUCACAGACAUUGCUACUAUCUUUUUCCGACAAAGCCUCCCGCUUGAUUGGGAUGCUUUUACCAGGGGUAUUAGAUAUGGCUGCAUUUAAGCCACAACUGUCCAGUCAACAGAAGCAACAAAUGCAACAGCCACAGCAGAUGCAGUCACAACAGCAGCAGCUUCCUCACUUGCAACAACAGCAGCAGCAACAGCUUCCUCACUUGCAGCAGCAGCAGCAGCAGCACCUUAUCCAGAUCCAACAACAACAGCUGCAGCUACCUCCACAAGUCCAACAGCAACAACUUUCCCAGCAGCAACUCCCUCAACUUCAACAACAACUCUCGCAGCUGCAGCCGCAGCAACAACUUCCGCAGUUGCAGCAACUACAGCAUCAACAACUUACUCAGCAGCAACAGAUGGUUGGGGCAGGAAUGGGUCAAUCCUAUGUUCAAGGUCCUGGACGCUCACAAAUGGUUUCUCAGGGACAGGUAUCACAAGGAGCAACAAACAUUGGUGGAUGGGGUUUCAUGAGUUAGCUCAAAUUUUUAUAUGGAUUCCUGACAACUGACGCAAGUUAUAUUUAUAUUUUCGUUGAUAGGUCAAAAUCACAUAUUAAUGUUGUAUGACCAUAUAAUUUCUUGUUUUGUUUCUGAUUCUCGGUGAGCUUGGAUUCGGUAUUUGUUUA